CGCGUUGUAUCCGUAAUGCAAUGCAGAAAUUUCCAAUUAGACGACAUUAACGAAGACAUGUCGACGAGCAGGGUUUUAGUUUCGUAGAUCUUUCUCUUAUUUUCUUUUUCUAUUUUCCCACUUGCCAAACAUUCCCUUCAUAAAUAUCAAUCACCCCAAAUUUCUCCAUUGAUCAAAUUUGAACACAUCCAAACAAACACCCAUCUGUUGUCCUUUUCUUUCAAUCCCUUUUUGUUGGUAACAAAUCCAAUUUAGCCUUAUUUGGCGGGAAUCCAGAUCUUUUUGUUUUGUGGGUUAUUUUCGUUUCUUCUGUAGAAAUUCAAAAUAAUCAAAAGGAGGGAGUUUUGUUUAUUUUGUUUGUUUGUGUGUGUAAUUUAAUUUCAUUACAAACUGUUGUUUGUAAUAAUUAGAAGAGAUGGGAGUAUCGGAUAAUUCAAAAGGAUUGAUAUUGGCAGUUUUAUCAAGUGCUUUUAUUGGGUCUAGCUUUAUUUUGAAAAAGAAAGGCUUGAAACGAGCUGGUGCUACUGGCACUCGUGCUGGAGUUGGAGGCUAUACCUACUUACUAGAGCCACUAUGGUGGGCUGGCAUGGUGUCAAUGCUUGUUGGAGAGGCUGCAAACUUUGUGGCCUAUGUUUUUGCUCCUGCAGUUUUAGUGACUCCUCUUGGUGCUCUGAGUAUUAUAAUAAGUGCAAUUUUGGCACAUUUUAUGUUGAGGGAGCGAUUACAGAAAAUGGGCGUUGUUGGAUGCGUGUCCUGCAUUGUUGGAUCAGUAGUGAUUGUCAUUCAUGCACCUCAAGAACAUACUCCCAAUUCAGUACAAGAAGUCUGGUCUUUGGCAACUCAACCAGCAUUCUUAAUAUAUGUAGCAGCAACAAUUUCAUUGGUGUUAGCAUUGAUUUUGCACUUUGAACCUCUCUGUGGGCAGACAAACAUGUUGGUCUACUUGGGAAUAUGUUCUUUGAUUGGAUCGAUCACGGUUGUUAGCAUAAAGGCCAUUGGAAUUGCCAUAAAGCUUACUUUGGAAGGAACAAGUCAGAUUACUUACCCGCAGACUUGGUUUUUCCUUACAGUCGCGGUGAUUUGCGUCAUCACCCAGUUAAUUUACCUCAACAGGGCUUUGGAUACAUUCAAUGCAACAAUGGUCUCUCCAGUUUAUUAUGUAAUGUUUACAACUCUAACGAUCAUUGCCAGUGCCAUAAUGUUUCGGGAUUGGUCAGGCCAAAAUGCUAGCAGCAUAACCUCUGAGAUAUGUGGGUUCAUCACUGUACUAUCAGGAACGAUCAUACUUCAUGCCACGAGAGGACAAGAACCGCCGCCUCCUCGAGGAACUGUGACAUGGUACAUUAGUGAAGAUUCUCUCAAGAGUAUGGAAGAACAUUUAAUUACUGUACAAAAUCCAGAUGAACACUGAGUCCAUUUUUUGAGAUGUUUCAAUAGAAGGACGAGUUUCACCAAUGUUGGAAAAAUGCUGCAACCUGUGGUAUGUUAAUUGCGCGGGAGACAGGAUCUCGAGUAUACAAUUACUUGACAAGCUUUAGAAGGAGGCCUGAAAAUCCAAGAUCAUCGCCCUCUAAAACCCAUAAACAGUCUGUCAAACAUAUCCGGAGAUUGGUGUGCCAAGACUCGCCGAGAAAGGGAUUAAGAGGAGGUCCGAUGAUUUCGCAAAGCCUGUAAUUGUAUUUGUAAAUACUGCUGUUCAUCUAUUAACUUCAUUUUAAAAUUUGAGUUGAUUCUUUUUGUGGUAUAGUUUUAAUCUACUCCUGCUAGUAUGUUAAUCUAAAGCUUAAUUGUAGUUAGUAAA